CAUAAAGACUACAAAUAAAAUUAUUGAUAAUUAUACCAAUUGAAUUAACCGACCAAAUUUGCUACUGAUUAAAUAAGUCGGAUCAAGUCGAAAUCAUCAUCCUCGUACGUCUCCCUCAAAGAGAAACCAUGUGACUAAAAUUUCAAUCAAUGACCUAAUUCCGGUCAUUGCAUUCCACGCAUAAUGUCAAAGCUCAAGACUUUUAAGUAAUCCGGACCAAUACACAAUCGCCAUGAUCAAUGCAUCAACAUCAAAUUUCUUGGCAACUUUGACUUCUGCUAGGACAUAACAUAAUCAUGAUUGAUCCACGCUUUAAGCAUCGCAAUAUAUAAUAUGGCAAGGAAAGCAGCUCUGAUCUCUGCAACAUCUGAGACAUUGUGCAGUUUCACAAACAAACUCCCAUGGCGACUCCAAUCAGCCUUGUAUUGAUCAAGUUCAUCUUGAUCCUCACACUCAACUUGCUCUUCACAAGCCAACCCCACGAGGUUUCCUGCAACAACGACACCGAUCGAAUCGCGUUGCUGCAAAUCAAGAACUGCACAACCAACGACCCAGAUGGAUUUUUCAGCUCCUGGAACGACUCCCUCCAUUUCUGCAGCUGGCCUGGCGUCCAAUGCAGCCGCCAUGGAAGCGACGAGAGGGUCACAUCCCUCGACCUGUCGGAGCUCGAUCUGGUCAGUACUCUGCCUCCACAGGUCGGCAACCUCAGCUUCCUCAGGUUCAUCAACAUCGAGAACAACACCUUCCAUGGCCGAAUCCCACCACAGCUAGGCAACCUGGUUCUGCUCCAGCACUUCAACGCCACGGGUAACUCGUUCACUGGUCCGAUUCCAGCCAACUUAAGCCGAUGCUCGAAGCUCCGGAUCCUGAUGCUCUCCUCCAACAAACUACAGGGCAAGAUCCCGGUACAACUUGGCUCGCUAUCGAAGCUCGAGAUCCUCAGGAUCGGGCAGAACAAUCUGACGGGACCUCUCCCAGCUUCCCUGGGAAAUCUGUCCCAGCUUGUCAACUUCGGUGCUGCGUACAACAACCUGAUCGGACGAAUUCCUGAGAGCUUCGGUCGACUCUCGAAGCUGAACAUAAUUGCAGCUGGCAUUAACCAACUCACUGGUGAAAUUCCACCGUCUCUGUACAAUCUCUCGACAAUCCACAUCAUGACAUUUACUUUCAACAACCUGGAAGGCAGGUUGCCUGAGAACAUAGGCUUCACCUUGAGAAACAUGGGCUACUUUGCGGUUUCGGAGAACGAUCUGGUCGGGUCGAUCCCCGAGUCGUUAUGCAAUGCCUCUCGCCUGGUGGACAUCAACAUGAACAUGAACCGUUUCGCGGGCAGGAUUCCGAACUGCCUUGGGAGUUCCGGAGGCCUUCUGGCGCUAGAGAUCGGUGGUAACAAUCUCGGUUACAAUUCGACGGGCGAUUUCGAUUUCCUGACUUCGUUGUCGAACUGCAGCCAGCUUGACAGCAUAGGGGUUUCCAUGAACAACCUCGGGGGCGAAAUUCCGAAAUCUGUUGGAAACCUCUCAUCGACUUGGCUCACUCGGUUGAGCUUCGCGCUCAACCGAAUCAGCGGUGUUUUACCUGAAGGGUUGCAGAACCUAGUCGGACUAACCGAUCUGGAGCUGCAGUCGAACAUUCUCCAAGGCCAACUCCCUUCUUCAUUUUUCAGCAAGCUGCAGAAUUUGCAGCUUCUGAGCUUACAAGGGAACGAGUUCUCGGGCCGAAUUCCUGACUCGAUAGGGAGUCUUAAACGACUGUUCGACCUCGACCUGUCGCAGAACAAACUCGAAGGACCCAUUCCAGCAAGCCUUGGGAACUGCCUGAGUCUAACUUCCAUCGACAUUUCACACAACAAACUCAGUGGAGAGAUACCUGCGGAGGUAAUGAACAUAUCUUCCUCAUUAGCCAAAUUGCUGAACUUGUCCCACAACUCGCUGAGUGGGAAGCUACCUAGUGAAACAGGGAAGCUGGCUCAUUUGAACACAAUGGACAUCUCUCACAACAACCUUUCCGGCGAAAUUCCCAGCGCGAUCGAGAACUGCGAGAGCAUGGAGCGUCUGUUCGUGCAACGGAACUCAUUCCGAGGCAGCAUUCCUUCAUCGUUGGCUUCCAUAAAAGGUCUCAGGGAACUGGAUCUUUCCUGCAACAGUUUGACAGGAGAAAUCCCACAACAGCUGCAGGAUGUAAAGGGUUUCCAGUACCUGAACCUCUCGUACAAUAAUCUCCGCGGCGAGGUUCCAAGUGGAGGGAUAUUUCGAAAUGCCACCGCCGUUUCCUUCAUUGGAAAUCCUCUGCUUUGCGCAACUAUGGACCUUCAUCUUCCAAAAUGCGCGACGACGAGGCCAGCUUCUUCUAGCCAUCAUUCGGUCACUCGCAGGGUUAGGCUGGCGAUCAUAGCGGCUUCUGCAUCUCUAUCCCUUCUUCUCCUCCUGUUGUCGUCGGCCUCUCUUUCGCUUUACAUGAACAACAACAGAAACAAGAAGCAGCAAUCACUCGUCGAGGAUCCAGCAAUAGACCGAUUUGCGAGGGUUUCUUACUACGACCUGCACAAAGCAACCAACGGGUUCUCUCCCGACAAUGUACUAGGCUCUGGCGGGUUCGGUACAGUCUACAGAGGGAAGCUCGAUCGGAUCGAAGCGCCUGUAGCGGUUAAGGUACUCAACCUGCUACGACACGACGACGAUCGAGCUCACAAGAGCCUAGCCGCGGAAUGCAACGCAUUGAGGAACAUUCGUCACCGAAACCUCGUAAAGGUCGUGUCUUUCUGCUCCAGCGUGGACCGCCGUGGCAACGAUUUCAAAGCUCUGGUGUUUGAGUACAUGGAGAAUGGCAGCCUGGAGGACUGGCUGCACCACCACGAGACCAGGAGACUGACUCUGGCUCAAAGGCUAGACAUUGCAGUAGAUGUGGGAUCGGCACUGCACUACCUCCACGACCACUGCGAGACCCCGAUCGUCCACUGCGAUUUGAAGCCGAGCAACGUCCUGCUCGAUGGUGACAUGGUCGGACGCGUGAGCGAUUUCGGCCAGGCGAGGCUCGUUUCGAGCGGCGACGACCCAUUUUCUCCAAGCAGCGCGAAGGGGACCAUUGGCUACGCCGCCCCAGAGUACGGGAUGGGUUCCCCGGCGUCGAAGCGAGGCGAUGUGUACAGUUUCGGGAUCCUUGUACUGGAGAUGUUCACGGGGAAGAGGCCGACAGAUGAAAUGUUUGGAGAUGGUGUGAAUCUGCGUGAUUAUGUUAAGGCUGGCAGGGAUGGCGAGAUUGGUUUGGUGGGUGAUCCGGCUCUUUUCCGCGCCAUGGAUGGGGAGGAAGAAGGGAGGAGAAGGGAGAGGAAGGGAAGGGUUUAUGGCAAGUUGAGGAUGGAGAAGAUGCAGAGCUGUCUAGUGUCUGUACUUGAAGUUGGGAUGGCCUGCUCAGCUGAAACUCCAGGUGAACGGAUGAACAUGGUGGAUGCGACUAGAAGAUUGAAAUCCGUUAGGGAUUUAUGGUUGUAAGCGGGAUGAACAUUGGAGGUGAAAUCAGGUGUGUGUGGCCUUUUUUGUUGUUGUUGUUGUUUGAUUUUCUGCAGCUGCAAAUCAUCGCGGUUAUUUGGCGAGAGGAUUGUAAAAUCGAACUGGAAGUUGUGUAAGUUAAGUUUGUGAUACAAUGAAUUUACUUAUCAAUUUUGAUUUCAGUUCUGAAUAGAUAUUUUUUGUUUUUGUUUUUGGUGGACCGUCAAUGCGAUCUAAGUUUUCGGCAUGUUAAGAUGAGAUAAUUUUACGGUAUGUUAUGUUCCGGUGAGUUGAUCGAACCAAACUCGGUAAUUCGUAUCUCUGUUUUCGAAAGCAUGGUUGUUACGCGACGGCGUGCAGAGCAUUGUUGAACCUGGUAUAAUUGGUGUCGGUCAUGAAGUCGAUUGGAAUAUCAUUGAUGUGACCGACAAUGAUCUAUGUGCGGCCUCUAAACAAAAUGACGUUUUUUAGGAAUUUAAUCAACAAAUAAGAUUAAUAUGUGAUUUAUUUCAUGAAUUUUAAAGUUAAAGGUUGAUGUUAGUUUUUGGACUCAAGUAUAUAGAGUAAUAUUAACAAAUAAAAUUAAUAUGUGAUUUAUUUCAUGAAUUUUAAAGUUAAAGGUUGAUGUUAUUUGUUUGGUAUAUAGAGUAAUAUUCUUGAUACUUUCCACUGCUAAUCUAUUUUAAUUAACCAAAAAAUUUCAAUAUAAGAUUAUGUCAUGAAUGAUUCGCAAAGUUAACCAAAUUUAUUUUAUCAUGUGUAGAUUUCUUCUAAGUGGACCCACCUCAGAUGAAAUCUAGGUUACGCCACUAUUUGUACCUCUGUCUCGAAAGCAUAGUUGUUAUGCGAUGGAAUGUAACUCAACUGGUUUGAACCUGAUAUAAUUGGUGUCAGUCAUGAAAUUUAUCGGAGAAUAUUAUUGAUAUAGUAAUCGACACGAUCUAUGUCCGAUCUCUAAACAAAAUGACGUCAUUUAGGAAUUUAAUUAACAAAUGAAAUUAAUAUGUGAUUUAUUUCAUGAAUUUGAAAGUUGAAUGUUGAUGUUAUCUAUUGGAUUCAAGUAUAAAUGUCAAUGUUUUGAUGUUAAUAUUAAAUGUUGUAUUUAAAUAUAAGUAUUUGUUAUUUUGUUUUGAAAUGUUGUAAGAACUUCGGCCUUAAAACAAAAAAAAUUAUUAAGAAAGGAGAUUCCGGCCUUCGGAGGACGAAGGAGGACGACACAGUCACCUCUGUCACAUCCUGCAAUUAGCAGCAGAAGAAGCGCCUUCGAUUUUCAUGCAAGUGUUAGCUAAUCAAGAAUCGUGUUGCUGAAUCACAGGUACGCCGAACGUCACCGUCAGAGCACGAUCGCGUAGUAUGAAUCUUUGUACCGUUUUCGGUUCCAGUUCCGCUGCUCGAAUUGAUUGCGCUCCGUGUACAAUUUUGGAGCAUAGUUUCUUUCUGCCAAUUGUUGCUAACCAUAGAAGAAAUCAUCUGGCCAUUUAGUAGGAUUCUUCUGCAUUUUUGUAGUUCCCUCUGUCUGAUACUCCGUUGUAGAUUCUGUUCGCCUUUAGGGUUUCAACAUUAGAAUUUGGGGGGAGUUUGUAGCUGCGGCGUGUUUCUAAUUUAUUCUAGUUUAUGCGAGUGCGGGGACGACGAGAUCUCCUUGUAACAUCCUAAUUCAUUGCUGAACAUAUUGCUCAUGGAAAACUCAGUCUGGGUUCAUGCUGGUGUGGCAAAUCAUGGCUGAAUCAGUUGUUAGAUGUCGAGAUUAGGCUUUUUUGAUGUUGGCUUGAAUAUUUCCAUUAUAUGACUUGUGGUGUCGAUGUUGAAGAUGUCGGCUUUCGAGAAUGUGGUUGGUGGGAAGCUGAAGCUGAAGGGUAAAGCUUUGGAUGUAAAGGCUGGUGGAACUAAGAAGAAGAAGAAGCAUAAGAAAGUGCGGGAUGAGGUUUCUCAAGUCAUUGAGAGCGAGCUCACUACAGGUUAGAAAUAUAUCUACUUGUUAAUCCGAGCAUGGAUUUCUUUUCCCGACUCUCUUUCUUCAGUGUGAUUUACGAUUUUGCUCCAGGAAUUCCCUAUAGCGGUUGUAUUGAUCAGGGAAUCGAGUGAUGGAUGUAUAGCCCUGUAAAUGGCGACUAUGCAGUUCCCAAGUGAUCUCUUAAAAUUUUUACUAUUUAGUGCAUGGGUUUUUUUUUAUGUAGAAGAAACAAUAGAUCUAUUAUGCUGCUGGAGGAACUUUGAUUUGAAUGCUAAAGCGAUUAGGCCAAAUUGGUAGGCAUCAAUACAUUGUUGGGCUGCUGAUAACGCCUCAUGUUUUACUGCUCUUGUCCUGAUGAGUAGAUUUACUUUCUUCCUUUCUCAUUUAUCUACUUGAUAAACUGUUAUUGAAUGUGGCUCUGGGAACUUUGGCAGAACUGUAUGUUGCAGUAUCUUUGUUACAGUCUUUCGUACAUUCAGAACACGCUUCCCAUGUCUUCAAAAUGCUUAAUUCAACUUCACUGUCACUGAACGUGGGUCCAAACCAAGUUUUGGGGUUUUACAGUUUCGUUUCAGCAAUUGAAUUCUUGAUGCUAAACAUUUUGAGAUCACUUGAUAGGUAAAGUUGUUGAAGAAUCUAGCGACGUCAAUGAAGAAGUCGCAGAAGAUGCCAGCAAAUUGAACAACGAAGACAAGUCAGAGUCUUACAAGGACCACCUAACUGCUGCUGAGAAACGAUAUAUAGAGCAGAGGGAGAGGCUCGACAGGCACAAGAUGGCGAAAGAAGCCAACAAAUCGCAUAGAGACAGGAUCCAAGGUUUCAACCAGUAUUUGGCUAAUAUGAGCGAGCACUACGACAUUCCUAAAGUAGGGCCUGGUUGAAAGGAACCGUACUUGUUCUGCAUCGAUCAAUGUCCACCGGUUUUUCGGGGCCAAUCUCCUGGUGCCGAUGUAAUCUGGUGGUUGUAUUCAACAACUGGUGUUCUGUUUCUUAUACUCUUCAGUUGCUGUAGAAAUGUAUCUUUACUGUGAUUUCUUUCGGCUAAACGGAAGGAUUCAUCAUACUGGCACACUCUUUCAUCUUCGAACCCACUUAUCUGGAAAUUAGUCGUGUCCUUUCUCCUAAUCAGUUGUCUUGUCCAGAUGCCUAAUGCCCAGCUUGACCAUAAUCAAUCUCUCGAGCAGAAGGAAAGACGGAACUAGGAGGAUUAGUCUGACUGGUAAAUUGACUGAUUAUCGUUUUGAGUUCUACGAAUGCUCGUAGUGGAUGUCACAGAUUUUGAAUAUGUUCACAUCUAAGCGUGAAUAACUUGUCCUGAAUCCG